GGCAGUUCGCUGGACAGCUCCCGGGUGCUGAAGCCAAGCCCGGGCUCGGCGUGGGGGGAACUUGGCGCCAGGCCCAGCCAUGCCUGCGGGGGCCCCGUGCAGCCUUUUCUUCGCCUCUGUCCUCUUGCUGAGGGCAUGCGCCCAGAGUUUCGGCCAGACGCGCUUCAUCUGCACCUCGGUGCCGGUGGAUAUGGACAUGUGCACCUCCUCCCUGCCGAGCAGCGGCACCGCCGAGGAGCUGCAGACCACCGUCCUGCAGCUCCGGGAGACAGUGCUCCAGCAAAGGGAGACCAUCAUGAACCACAAAGAGACCAUCCGGGAGCUGACCACCAAGCUGGGCCGGUGUGAGAGCCAGAGCCUGCCGGAGGCGGGCCCCAGCGAGUCCAAGACGGGCGGGGGAUCCAGCCGCAAACAGCCCGGCUCGUCCAAAAACACCAUGGGGGAUCUGUCCCGGGCGCCAGCGGCUGAGACCUUGAGCCAACUCGGGCAAACUUUGCAGUCACUUAAGACAAGGCUAGAAAACCUAGAGCAGUUUAGUAGGAUCAACUCGUCAGGCCAGACCAACCACCUGAAGGAUAUACUCCAGAAUAAAAUAGAUGACUUGGAGAAGCAAGUUCUGUCCAGAGUGAAUAGCCUGGAGGAAGGAAAGUUAAAUCCCAAGAACGAGUCCGAGGAAAGAAGCAAAAUCGAGAGCACGCUAACUUCCCUGCACCAGAGGAUCAGUGACUUGGAGAAAGGGCAGAAAGACAACCGGCCGACCGACAAGUUCCAGCUGACCUUCCCGCUGCGGACGAACUACAUGUACGCCAAGGUGAAGAAGAGCUUGCCCGAGAUGUACGCCUUCUCCGUGGGCAUGUGGAUCAAGUCCAACGCCUCGCCCGGGGUGGGGACGCCCUUCUCCUACGCGGUGCCGGGCCAGGCCAACGAGCUGGUGCUCAUCGAGUGGGGCAACAACCCCAUGGAGAUCCUCAUUAACGACAAGGUCGCUAAGCUCCCGUUCGUUAUUAACGAUGGGAAGUGGCACCAUAUCUGCAUCACCUGGACCACGCGGGACGGCGUGUGGGAGGCCUACCAGGACGGCACGCAGGGGGGCCACGGAGAGAACCUGGCUCCCUAUCACCCCAUCAAACCGCAGGGAGUCCUGGUCCUGGGCCAGGAGCAGGACACCCUGGGCGGGGGGUUUGACGCCACCCAAGCGUUCGUGGGCGAACUGGCCCAUUUCAACAUCUGGGACCGGAAGCUCAGCCCCGGGGAGAUCUACAACCUGGCCACGUGCAGCACCAAAGCCCCCGCCGGCAACGUCAUCGCCUGGUCCGAGACCAACAUCGACAUCUACGGGGGAGCCACCAAGUGGACUUUCGAAGCUUGCCGCCAGCUGAACUAGUGGCUAGUGGCUGGAGCGCAGCCCCCUCCCCGGAAGGAAUCCAGGACUAAAGUCUGUCUCCCCCUCCCCCGUCUGUCUGUCUGUGCAAAGCAAACCCAGCAAAGCAACAGGGCAGGGGCAUUGCCCGCUCUGGCCGGGGGGCCGGGCCUCGGGCAGCGCCGAACUGCGCAACUGGCGAGUAGGUGAGAGGGUUGGUUCGUUCUUCUUCGCUUUUUCUCUGGAGCGCGGCGGCCCCGCUCCCAGCUCCCCUGAACCGGCUCAUUUCUGUCUUGCCAACUUCCUUUGAAGCCUGCGUGCCUUGGGCUGGUGCAGCUCCUUAGCACAUCUGUCUUCAUUUGCAUCCUCGCUCGGGAGAGCGCGCUGUCCCUGCUCUCCUCCACCGCUCUCCAGCGCCGCGCCUUCCCUUGGAGCCAAGCGGAGGGCAUGGCCCCCCCAGGAAAUGGCGCGUGGGGGGUGGGACCCUGGGGGGGGGGCGCUGAGUUCUUGGGGCCAUUCGUACCCGCACGCCCCCACCCCCUGAGCACCUUGGCAGUGGGCCGGAGCACUAGGCGGGCCUGACUUUGCUUUGGGGGUGGGGGGCUGACUCAGGAGCCUCCGAUCCCCGGUUACUUGGGGGGGGGGGCUCCUUCAGG